AUGAACAAACUAUAUGUUGGGAAUUUAAGUCCGUCGGUCACUGUCGAGGACUUGAAGCAGCUCUUUGGGGAGAGGAAGCUGCCAGUGACCGAGGAGGUCCUGCUCAAAUCCGGCUAUGCUUUUGUGGACUUCCCUGAUCAGAACUCGGCCAUAAAGGCUAUAGAGACUCUUUCUGCGAGUCGCACUGAAGGAACACAGCGUGUCCGAAACGUGAAAUAUUAG